AUGUCUCGCCCUGCACACAGAAGACCAGAAUACCGUAAAAUAAACAAAGAUCUCUUUGUCCUCACCUAUGGAGCUCUGGUUGCCCAACUGUGUAAAGAUUAUGAAAAAGAUGAAGAUGUGAAUAACUAUUUAGAUAAAAUGGGAUACGGCAUUGGAACACGGCUGGUGGAAGAUUUUUUGGCUCGAUCUUGUGUAAGAAGAUGCCACAGUUAUUCAGAAAUUACAGACAUAAUUGCCCAGGUUGCCUUUAAGACGUACCUGGGAAUUACACCAAGCGUGACCUGUAACAACCCAAGCAGGACUGCGUUUUCCCUGAUCCUAGACAAGAAUCCUCUGGUGGAGUUUGUGGAAGAGCUCCCUGCUGGCCGAUCCUCUCUGUGCUACUGCAAUUUACUCUGUGGGAUUAUCAGAGGUGCCCUGGAAAUGGUUCAUUUGGCUGCUGAUGUUACAUUCUUGCAAGACAAACUGAAAGGCGACAGUGUGACAGAAAUAGGAAUAACAUUUCUGAAAAAGCUAGAUGAGAAAAAAUACAGACGGAAAAAAUGAAGAAUUGCAUGCAAAACGCCACAGGGUAGCUAGUUGAGGAGUUAAUAUUAUCUAAACAUAUAUAGCCAUAGAAAUUUUGAAUUGUUUAAUAAUAGCAUGGGCUUCAAAA